GAGGCGCGCCCAAGAUGGCGGCCUCCAUGUGCGACGUGUUCUCCUUCUGCGUGGGCGUGGCGGGUCGGGCCCGGGUCGCCGUGGAAGUCCGUUUCGUGAGCAGCGCCAAGGGAAAGGGACUGUUUGCCACACAGCUGAUCCGGAAGGGGGAGACCAUCUUUGUUGAACGGCCCCUAGUGGCUGCACAGUUUCUCUGGAAUGCACUUUAUCGCUACCGAGCCUGUGACCACUGCCUUCGAGCACUGGAGAAGGCAGAAGAGAAUGCGCAGAGGCUCACUGGGAAGCCAGGCCAAGUGUUGCCUCAUCCGGAGCUAUGCACUGUGCGCAAGGACCUCCACCAGCACUGUCCCCACUGCCAGGUGAUGUAUUGCAGUGCAGAAUGUCGGCUGGCGGCUGCUGAACAGUACCAUCAGGUCCUGUGCCUGGGCCCCUCGCAGGAUGACCCCUUGCAUCCUCUCAAUAAGCUGCAGGAGGCAUGGAGGAGUGUUCACUAUCCCCCCGAGACUGCAAGCAUCAUGUUGAUGGCCCGGAUGGUGGCCACGGUGAAGCAGGCGAAAGACAAGGACCGUUGGCUCAGGCUCUUUUCCCAGUUCUGUAACAAGACAGCCAAUGAGGAGGAGGAGAUUGUCCACAAACUCCUGGGGGACAAAUUCAAGGGCCAGCUGGAACUGCUGCGGAGACUCUUCACUGAGGCCCUUUAUGAGGAAGCGCUCAGCCAGUGGUUCACUCCAGAUGGAUUCCGGUCUCUCUUUGCUCUGGUUGGGACCAAUGGCCAAGGGAUCGGGACCAGCUCCCUGAGCCAGUGGGUCCAUGCUUGUGAUGCCCUGGAGCUGAAGCCUCAGGACCGCGAGCAGCUGGACGCCUUCAUUGACCAGCUGUACAAGGACAUCGAGGCAGCGACUGGUGAAUUUCUUAACUGUGAAGGAUCCGGCCUUUUUGUACUUCAGAGCUGCUGCAACCACAGCUGUGUCCCCAAUGCAGAAACCUCCUUCCCAGAAAACAACUUCCUCUUGCAUGUCACCGCCUUGGAGGAUAUUAACCCAGGAGAGGAAAUCUGUAUCAGUUACUUAGACUGCUGUCAGCGAGAACGCAGCCGCCACAGCCGCCACAAGAUCCUCAGGGAGAACUAUCUGUUUGUCUGCUCGUGCCCCAAAUGCGUGGCAGAGGCUGACGAGCCCAAUGUGACUUCGGAGGAGGAGGAGGAAGAUGAUGACGAGGAGGAGGAAGGAGAACCAGAAGAUGCAGAGCUUGGGGAUGAAAUGACUGAUGUGUGAUUGUGGCCCUCUCUGGAAGGGGCUCUGCCAGAUAGGGGACCCUUCCUUCAGAGAGGAGACAUGGAAGAAUUCCCACUCCUGUUGCCUGCUUUCCCCUUCCAGCUCUCUGUGCCAGAGAGUAGCAUGGAGUCUGGACCCCAAGCCUCCCAUCCUUACAAGAACACACGCCCUGGACACUGCUGCUGAGUUGGCUCAGGACCUGCACUGUCACUGAGGCUUUCCUUUGGCCCACCUCUAGGUUCUUGUGCCAUAGAGUGUGAGGGCCAGGGGCCAGGCUCCAGACCUAACAGCGCUUGUUCCCUGCGGCCCAUGCUUGCCAUUCACGGGGCUGCUUCCUAGCUCACUUGCUGUUGUAAAUCUGAGAAGAGGCUAAUUUCAUCAAAGCAGACGGGAAGUGGUGAGGCACCCUUCUGCUUCACCUCUGCUUGCCAUGGCUAUAGCUGGUAAGGCAAAUUGCCUGACCACUAGCCCAGUGUGGGAGAGGUAGAAAGAACUGGGCCUCUAGGUCACCCACCCUUGGGCUCUUUGCUGGGGAAGGCUGGUCCAGAAGGCUCAGCUCCCUCCUUGGGACACUGGGAGCAGUGGCGACUAACCUCUUCCCUAGACUUCAGAAUCUCUGUACCUUGUGCCUUGUCUCUUAGGCCCUGGUACAAUAGUGGCUCUGUCAGGCACAGACGAGGCCUCUGUCUUCUGUGGGAGGGGUCUGCAGGGGAGUACCACCCUUUCUCAUGUCCUCUUCCUCCUGAGGACUUGAGCAGCAUGGCUGAACUUGGGGGAUGACAGGCUUCUGCCCUUUCAUCUCAGAUCUCCAGUCUUCCCUAGAGCCAAUUGAGAUGGGUCAGUGAAGGGCUUGCCUGGCUCCAGUCUCUGUUUUCAGGGAAGAACUCUCAUGUCUUCCAGAAACCUAGAAGAAGGGCUGGAUAUUUGGAGAUCAUCUCCCACUGUGUCCUUGUUUGCCCCAUGUGAGCACCACAUCCUCCCAGCCUGUGGUUGGCUGCUGUGGAAACUGCAGCUCUCACUCCUAAUUCCUUCCUGCCAACUUGCCCCGAGGGGCUUGCACAUCCCUUUGCUUGAGGGAUCAGGGAGAAUGGGUACCCACCCAUAGGUCUCCAGGAUCAUGGAGCCCAAGGGAACCCACCUGGCUGACACCCUACCUGUUGGGUCAUUACUCCUUCACAGUCGCCAACACCUUGGCCUCACCUGCCCACUAUUCUCAAUAAAAUGUGAGUGGUGACAGGCCUCUGCAG